CCUAUAUUCGUGCCGGACUCGCGGGGCGGUCUCAUUUCUCUUUUCUCCACUUGCCACAGUAGUUCGCACGCAGACCAUUCAUACGCCUGCCUCGGGCCAUGGCUCUGUAGCUCUGUCCUGCCGCCUCUGCCGCGCCUCGGCGCCUGCGCGCUCUGCCCUUCGGCUACCUCCUCUUCUGCUGCCUCCUUCUCCGCCGGGGCCUUCGCCGCCUCCGCGCCCUCCGUCGCAGCCAUGGAGUCCUCCGCCUCUGCCACCCUCCCGCUGAGCAGCUUUCACCCUCACCGGAGCCUCCUUGCCCAGCUGGGCCUCGCCUCGGCCUCCUCGUGCUCGCCUGGCCUUCGAAGCCCCGACCUGUGCAGUCCUGGCCGCCAUGUCUCUCUUGGCGGCCCUAGGGCUGGAGCUGGACAGGGCCCUGCUCCCAGCUAGCGGGCUGGGCUGGCGGGUGGACUACGGGAAGCUCCCCCUGGCCCCCGCCCCCCUGGGUCCCUAUGAGGCCCUGGGGGGAUCCCUGGAAGGGGGACUUACCGGGGGGAGCGAGCCCCUGGCAGGUGAUGGCUUCUCAGACUGGAUGACAGAGCGGGUGGACUUUACUGCCCUGCUCCCCCUGGAGCCCCCGGUGCCCCCCGGUGUCCUCCCGCCACCAUCUCCAUCUCCUGCCCCCCCAGACCUGGAGGCCAUGGCCUCCCUGCUGAAGAAGGAGCUGGAGCAGAUGGAAGACUUCUUCUUGGAUGCCCCGCUCCCGCCCCCCUCCCCAGUGCCCGUCCCCCUCCCUCUGCCCCCUUUUGACCUCCCCCAGGCCCCUCUGGAUACCCUUGAUCUGCUGACGUUCUACUGUGGUGGGGAGCCCGGGCGGGGCGAGGGGGAAGGCGGGGAGGUCCUCCGAGCCCCCCUGCCCACCCCUCCGGCCCCCCGGCCAGCCCCUUACCCCGUGCCCCCUUCUCGGGGAGACCGCAAGCAGAAAAAACGCGACCAGAAUAAGUCAGCGGCACUCAGGUACCGCCAGAGGAAGCGGGCCGAGGGGGAGGCCCUGGAGGGCGAGUGCCAGGGCCUGGAAGCCCGCAACCGGGAGCUGCGGGAGCGCGCCGAGUCGGUGGAGCGGGAGAUCCAGUACGUGAAGGACCUGCUUAUCGAAGUGUACAAGGCCCGCAGCCAGAGGCUGAGGAGCGCCUAGCGCCGUACGGCCGCUCCCGGGGGGCGAGGCCCAGGCCACCUUGGGCAAGGGAGUGGGCACUGACCUCAGCAAAGUAGUUAGGGGGGAGCUUCUCCAAGCCUGGGGCGGCCCCGGGCUCUGGGGCGGUGGUGUGAUGGUGGUGGGGAUCGGCUGGGACCCUUGAGGCGGGAAGGGAGGGGAAUGGGGAGGAGCCACACCGCACAGGGGCUUUGUAACUAAUAAAGAAACGGAUGGCCCUGG